AUGGCCACGGCAGUAGCUCACGCUACCUCCCAACUCAAUGGUGGUUUGAUUGACCCCACCAAGCAAGCAGAAUAUCCUAUUCUCCUGGGCAGCAAAUUGGCUGGGAAAGGACAAAAUAGUACAGAUAAAUUUAUUGGCAUUACUUAUAACCAUAAAACCAAGUCAGCUUCUCGACAUCAAAGGGCGACAAUCACUGCGACGGGCUCCACCCAGCAUCAAUACAAGCUCACACUUCGGGACAAAUCCCAUAGCGCAGAAUAUAAAAAUCUUGUUUACACAUACCAUGGCAGUGUUGAUCCUACCUCCUUAGUGUCCGAAUCAGAGACCAGCAACUUGGUUCUAGUGUUUGACCCAGAGCAAAAAGUGUUCGUUCUCGAGCCGGUGUCGACCAGAUUGAACUUCAACCUUCGAUCCGCGCCAGGGAAAUCAACUCAACAAGUUAUAGAACAAUACCCGCAGCUUAAUGUCCUCUCCGGAGAAGAUCAAAUAUCUUGUGAUGACCAACUUCAGGAAAGGAACGGUGAGGAUGACGCGGAAGGCGCUGCGGAUGAGAGCAACCCGUAUGAUUUCCGCCACUUUCUUCCAAAGCCCAAAGCUGAAAUCGAGGGACCUGAUGUCGCUACGUCUGAUGCUCUUCCGAACCUUACAAAUUCAUAUUUAGCACCACCACCUGUCGCCAGCGCGAGGUCGAGGCCAAAGCCGAUAGCUAAAGCCAAAGCUCAGGCAAAUCCGCUUCGACAACAGAAACGACAACCAAAAGUGGCUGCUGCGGACAGCGGCCCGACGAUAUCUCAACCUAAAUCUGCAACCCGCGUUGAUGAAGUGGAUAUCGGCCUCGAUUCGUCGUCCUCAGACAGAGAAGGAACUGCUAAGCUUGAAGUAGACGAAGAUAAGCCAUCACAGCCGGCGGCAUCUCCUGGGGCAAAUAUAAUUGUUGAUGGAGACUUAAUUAUUGAUAUGGGUUCUCCGCCUCCCGCUCGCCCAGCCUUCAAAAUAAAUCCUCGACAUUUCUCCUCAAAUAAUACCUCUGCCAAUGAGGCAGACUACGAUAGUGAUGAUGAGGGGGAGAUGGAAGACCUGAGAUUACCAUCACCUUCAACCACUAUGAUCCAAGCACGGAAGGGUGAUGAAGAGGAUGAGAAUGAGGAUGAGGACGAGGAAGAGCAGGAGGAAGAGCAGGAGGAAGAGGAGGAGGAAGAGGACGAGGAAGAAGACGAGGAAGAAGACGAGGAUCAGGAGGAACCAGAAGGAAAGGGAGAAAAUACGGGACAGGAUGAAGUGAUAGACGAUGAUGAUUUGGCUGCUGAGAUGGAAGCGGCUUUUGAGGAGAGUGCAAGAGAGGAAGAGCAGGAGAGGGCCCAAAGGCUAUUGCAACAGCAGCAGCAGCAGCAACGGAUGCAGCAGCAAAUCAUGAGCGAUGAUGAAAGCGAAAUCGAAAACCACGCCAUCCGAUUGACUACUACGUCUUCCUCGACUCGCGAACCCGCUCACUCAGUCCUAAUGCCCUCCAACCCUGUCCUUGUCGCGGCUCAAUCGCAAUGGAUAUUCACGGACGCGGAGCUUUAUCGGACGCCAUCUAUCCUCGAUGGGAUGACGAUUGAAGCUGAACACACAAGCCGUAGCAAGGGGGUGAACUUUAUCACCCAAGUCGGAAUCCUUUUGAAGCUUCCACAACUCACUCUCUGCACCGCGAGUGUCUACCUCCAUCGGUUUUUCAUGCGAUAUAGUAUGAAAGACCUUCCGCAGCGCCCAGGGAUGCAUCCCUACUCGGUCGCCGCGACUGCCCUAUUUCUCGCUACCAAAGUCGAGGAGAACUGCCGCAAGAUGAAGGAGCUAAUCGUCGCUUGUUGUCGCAUCGCACAGAAGAAACCAAGCAUGAUCGUGGAUGAGCAGUCGAAAGAAUUUUGGAGAUGGCGCGAUACCAUUUUACACAAUGAAGAUCUGUUGCUCGAAGCCUUGUGCUUCGAUCUUCAGCUUGAGCAGCCCUACCGCCUAUUGUACGACUUUCUUUGCUACUUUAAGGUGCAAGAGAAUAAACGGCUUAGAAAUUCGGCCUGGGCUUUCCUCAAUGAUUCUACAUAUACGGUACUAUGUGUACAGUUCCCGGCACGCACUAUAGCCGCAGCUGCACUCUAUGCAGCAGCAAGGCACUGUGAAGUUGCGUUUGAAGACGACUCCCUAAAUAGGCCUUGGUGGAGACAAUUGGACGUUGAUCUCCACGAGAUGAGAAGGGCAUGUAAUCGCAUGGCCGAUAUUUAUGAAUUUGUGUCUGUUCCCGUGCCCGGGCAGCAAUAUGUGCACCUGUCGACCCGUGACGACGAACCGACCGACAUGACGAGAACGUCCCACCACCCGAAGAGCGAGGGCAGUGUAGACGAUAGCGCCAACAACAGUAUGUCUCCUGGUGAGAUUAAUGGGCGCAAACGUGAAAGAGACAGCCAUUCCGGAUCAUUUAGCCAACAUCCAAUAAGCAUUCCCCCAAACGGAGCAACAUCGGGGGAGCCAGACCCUCAGCCUUCUCCCAAGCGCCAGCGUCGUGAAGGAAGCGAAGGCGAUACCGAAACAUCCUCAUUCAGCCAACCACAACAACCACCGUCAUCACAAAUCUCGUUAACUGAAGCAACUGCAAACAUGAACGUAGCCUCAAACUCAUCGUCACAAACCGCCAUCAGCAUUCCAUCCAGUCAGAGGCAACCAGAGAUGAACGGCCAUGGCCAUCCUAGGAAUGUCUCUCCUUCCAAAAGUAGAAUCCCACAAGCGGCACGCAUCCCUCUGAAUCAACCACGGCAAGAGCAUCCACUUCCUCCACCACCCCCAGUUACCGUGCCUCCCCUUCCCCAUCAACAACCCCAGCCCCCUCGCCGUGGAAGCUAUAGCAACAACCCACAACCGCCAAAUAGACAGCCGCCGACAAGAGGUCCACCUCCAGCGACGGUAUCAUCAAUGUUUCACCUGCCACCGCCACCAGCAGAUCCCUCAAAUGUUGACAAAUUACAGCAACGUAUCGAUGCUAUUAUCCAGCAAGGCAUGCCACCGGAAAAUGACAGGUCCCACGAACCUAGGGGAAAUUAUUACUAUCAUCCAUCAUCAAGUGAAAGGGAUCGGGAUCGGGAUAGGCAUAGAGAAAGAGAUAGGUACAGGGAUAACGAUCGGGAUAAGGACAUGGCAAGAGAAAGGGCACGCGACCAUGACCACGACCACGGAACCGACCAUCACGGUCGUUCCAGGAGACACCCGUCAGAGACGUCGGGUCCCGGAGCAAUGUCCACAUCACUUCCCCCACUACCGCCUCAACAGUCAGUGGCCCCACCAGUUCCCUCUUCUGAACCGCGCCACGACCUCGAGCAAGAUCAGCAAAGAAAACGCGAUGUUGUAGGAACGAACACCGCAUCGCUGCAGGACCACGAUACCAAAACCAAUGAUGCUGACGAUGACGGCGGGAGCGAGGAAGGGGAGCUUUGA